AUGAACGCCCUGCCUCGUCGGAUCCGAGGUGGAUCCAUCCUUUUCCCGCUGUUCCACGCCCGGAUCCACGCCCCAGAUCCUCCUCUGCGCCUCCCCGUCGGUGAGCCGCUGUCAUCCGCCGCCAUGACUGUCGUUCCUCCUCCUGGCUCGCGCGGGGGCACGAGGAUGACGGGCAGGAGCUGCUCGCUCCGCUCGCAGCAGUUGCUGGAGAAGUUGUCGCAUCUUCCGCAACAGAUGCUGAGUAUCAUUUCUUAUUGUUGCACAUUCACUAGAACUUUCUGUAGCUGCCAGGGCAGCGGUGAAGGAGUUGAGGUGGCUCCAGGGGAAGAUGUGGAGCGACCAUCACAAGCAGGCAGGAUAAGGGCAUCACCAGUGCGCUUUGCAAAUUUCAACGCCUCUCUAACCCCACUACAGAAAUCAGAGCUAGUUUCGAGGUUGUUCGGGGGGCUAUUGAACUUAUCAGGCACACUUCCAGCGGACCUCACUAAGUUCCUGGUGCAGUCCUACCAGCCACAGACCUCUGAAAUGGUUUUCCCAGGAAGGGGAAGGAUCCGUGUGGAUGCUGACAGUGUUCAGGGGGUAUUUAAUCUCCCAAACAGGGGUCAAAAAGUCAGAUAUUUAGUUGACAAGAAUGCCACUAGGAGAUUCAGACAGGCUUUCAACAUAACUGGAAAUUCUCAUCCCCAGAUCACUACAUGGCUCAAGAUGAUUCAGGAUAUGGCUAGAAGAACGGAUGACAUAUUCUUUAUGGCCUGGCUUGCGGUUGCCUUCAGCACUUUUCUAGCACCAACCACGGCCUUGAAGCUCAGCCCAAAGUGUUAUGGACUUGUGCUAGAUCAUCAAAUGGUAAAGAAUACAAACAUCUGCCUCUUUGUAGCAGAACACAUUAACGAGGCUUUCCGGAACAUGGACCAGGAGAAGCAAACUGUCUGCUGCUGCUUGUAUCACUUGAUGAUACCAUACCUUGAUGCGCUCGUACAUGACAUCCCAGUAAGCAACUGCGCGAUACGAUCGAAUGCAUGUGAUAGUACUCUAAUUGCCAAGGUGAUCAAGAAGGAUACUAUCUCUCCUGGUGUGUUCGGCAAAUUAGAACUUAAAGAGGAGUAUAGAGGCACGGAGCAGACACCACUGUUUGGUGGAAUUUUACAAGCUGAAGCAUUCGUGGCAUUCAAGUUACCAAUAACAUACAAUCCGCAGAAAAGGGAAAAGAUUGCGAAAGUGGUCAAUGAGCUGUGCAAGGCUGUAACUGAACAGGUUGGCACCUUCAUUGAAGCAGUUGCCAAGAUCGAUGACGAGGAAUCAGAUAUUGAUCCUUACGUACAGUAG